GAGGAGGGUGACACAAGCCGGGGAUUGUGUUUGUGCGCCUUGUCUGUCAAAGUCCAGUCGUCGCGGACACUAGCUAUAAUAUGAAUGUACACUGUGCUAUCAUGGCAAACCGACGAUGAACCCGCACGAACCGCAAGUUGAAUGCACCAAAGAAGCGUAUUGGGGUACACGAAGUUCGUCCACAGCAUCAUCAGUUAACGUAGCACUUGUAGUCCAACCUGAAGAAAAUAUCUUGGCGCUAGGUGUGCGCCCCUCGAGCCUGGAGCGGGAGCCAGAGCUUAAGCCACAGGAGUCGCUGCAAGCGCAACCGCAGCAGUGCCUCCCAAAGGCCCGCGGCUGCUUUUGCAAAACGGAGACCCUGCACGACGACUGAGGCGUUACUUGCUGGCGCGGCUGGCCUCAAAAGAGCAUGGCCAGCCUAAACGUUGAGGACCCGGCGCCGCCUGUGCACCCUUGUAAACGACGGUUGCGCAUAUAUGAGGAGUGGCAGGGCAAUGAGAGAUUCUUCUGCUGGGGCUACCUGGUGGCGGGGCCGAACUGGAAGGCGAGCAUUGGUACUGCUAUGCUGAUUUCGGCUCCAGCUGGCAUCUUCCUGGCAUUUGUGGCGCCAUAUAUGGGCCUGCAUGUGCACAUAAUCAUUCUGGUGAUCAGCUGCAUCCUGCCGGUGCUGGCGGUCCUCUUCCUCAUGCUCACGGCCUGCCGGGACCCGGGCAUCAUCCCGCGGCAGGACCCGGACCCCGAGUACCUGAACGGCCAAAAGCCCAGGACCAAGGAGGUGUACGUGAACAACCAGCGCGUGGUGAUCCGCUACAACGACACCUGCCAUUUUUACCAGCCGCCUCGCGCGCACCACUGCUCCGUCAACGACAACUGCAUCGAGCGCUUCGACCACCACUGCCCCUGGGUGGGCACCACCAUUGGCCUGCGCAACUACCGCACCUUCCUGCUGUUCGUGUACACGAGCUCGGUGCUGUGCCUGUACGUGUUCGGCGUGUGUGUGGCCAUGCUGUUCGUCAAGCACGACCAGCUGGUGGGCGAGGCGGCAGACGCGGGCCAGUCCACGGACGGGCUGUGGGGCAAGGCCAUCGGGAAGUGCAUCCCGGCGCUGGUGCUGAUGGGCUACACGUUCCUGUUCUUCUGGUUCGUGGGCGGGCUGUCCGUGUUCCACGCAUACCUGGUGGCAACCAACCAGACCACAUACGAGAACUUCAGGUACAACCACGACAGCCGGCCCAACCCCUACGACCGCGGCGUGCUGCUCAACUGCGCCGAGGUGUGGUGCAGCCCCGUGCCGCCUCCCAAGGUGCCGUUCAGGGCCUACGUGGACGAGUUCAAGCCGCCCACCGGCCAGCCCUACUCGCGCUACCUCAACGGCACCGGCAACGCGCCAGCCAGCACCGACAGCAACGGCGCCGCGGCGGGGGCAGCGGGGACGGCGGUGGCGGCGGGGGCAGGAGCGGGGCUGGCGGCGGGUGGCGGCGGCGGGUACGAGGAUGGGUACGGCGGUGGCAAUCCGUACGCGGCCCACCAAUACGGCGGCGCGGGGCAGCCGUACAACCCACCGCAGCUGGCGGCUUUCGCCGCGGGGGCUGCUGGUGCGGGCGGUCUAGGCGGCGGGUACGACGGUGAUGGGUACGGGGGCGCGGGUGGCAGCGGCGGCGGCGGCACUGGCUACGACCCGGCAGCGCUGCAUGCGCCGUCAGGCGCGGCUCACCAGUACUCCUACCACCAGCAGUUCCAACAGCAGGCGUCGCUAUCGCAACAGCAGGCUGCGGCUGCGGCUGGGGCAUACCACGGUGGCGGCUCGGGUAGCUACCACUACCAGCAGCAGCAGGAACAGUUGAUUCUGCAGCAGCAACAGCAGCUGCAGCAGCAGCAGCAGAUGGGGUCGAUGCUGCGCGGGGCUGGCGGCGCGGGCCCUGCGAACGGAGGCGACGAUGACGUGCACAGCGACGCGGGUGCGGGAUGGGCCUCAGGCAGCCAACCGCCCGCACAAAUGAAGGGCCACCACACCUUCACCUCACCCGGAAGUCCACACGGCUACGGGCACAUGCACGGGCAAGCGGGGGUUGGCGGCGGCGGCGGCGGUGCGGCGGCUGCCCACGCGGCGGCGCACCAUCAUGCGGAUCCCGGCCAGAUCCAGUACUACGACGAUGAGGGGGAGUAUGACGAUGGAGAUUUUGAUGAUGGGCCGUACGACGACGAGGGCGAGCAGCAGGUGGCGGGCGGGCAACGCGGCGUCGGCAGUGGGGCGGUGCGCCCAGAGCACGUGCGCCCCCAUGUAGCGUAAGUGGGUUCGGUGCAAUGGCAGCGGUGACUUGGCAGCGUGGAGCUUGUACGUAGUUCCUGGCAGGUAUGCGGUCCAUGCAGGGGGCUGGGGAAGGGAUGGGGAGUCGGAAGGUAUUGCGCUGCACGUUCAAUUUUACACUGCAUAGCUAUGAGUUGAUUGCAUUUGCUCGGGAUGCGGAGGUUGGUGCUAAUGGGGGCCUGCCAUCAGGGUGGGUGCUGGCACUUCUUAGCAGCGACCAAGAAUUGUUUUAGCUGAAUACGGCUUGUAGCUGCACUUGCAAUGCGGAGGAGGUUUGGGGCGGUGAUGGAAUGUGCGGUACUGGAAUCUUGGCAUGCAGUGUGGCAUGGAGCGAAGGGAAGACCCUGCAGAAUGCAGGCGUGCGAAACAAGUGCAGUGGCGGGCGCUGCUUGUGGCUACAACUGGGCUGCGCUUGUGGCUACAAGAAAGCGACAAUGUGACUGGGCAAGACAUGGCUGCGGAGGUCAGGCUGGCUGUGGGUGCUGAGCAUUGUUUCGUCACAGCUCUGCAAUGUGGGAUCGCUUUGGAGUUCGGACCGUUCAAUGUUGCCCGUAUGGCCUCGACUUGUCUCGACUCAGCGCUGCGCGGCUGCGCCACACAUCCUUUGACUACGCAAGUGCGUGUAGGCGUAGCGGUGCCACGUGGUGCCGACUCUAGCGAGCUAGGACCGGGCAUGGUCGGCAAGCUAGGACCGGGCACUGUCCUGUAUGACCCGUGCCUCCAGCCAGCACGGUACCGUAAUUCCUGCUGCAGUCGGGUAUAUGUAUUUAUUAUCAUGCAUUUCGGACAUCCGCUCUCCAACACCGAAAGGUUUUCGGAGGUCGUGAGUUCGAUCCAACGCGCCGGCUGGAGUCACGUCCAGUUGUCACCCAUGUGGGGGCCAAGCGGAUGAAGGAACAUAUGGCUCUCCGGUCGUGAACGCUUCCGUCGAUAGCGUGUCCUCUUCGAGUCCACAGUCGGCAAGGUCGCUGCCCUGAUGGGUGGCUGACCUGGUUGAUGAUUAGUCCCGCACCGCGUGAGGCAGGAAACUGAGCAGCGAAAAGGGACAGCUGCGGACGGCGAAAGGAUCGCAUGCUUGAGGAGGUGCCACGACCACCCGGGGGGUCCUCUGUGGGACCAACUACCGUUUUGGAAUGUAUUUCCACGCAUGCUUUCAAUAUAGCUUCAUGGCCAACAUAGCUUCACAGCCAACACUUGCCGGCUUACCCCUAUCAAAUGCACAACACCAUCACGCCACUUUUAAACAAUCUCCCAGCUACACCCACGCUCGAGGCGCUGUGCGCUUAGCUAUGCCGUGAUCGUGCAUUCUGUAAAUGUUGCUUUUG